UCUUCUGCACUUUGUCAGCAGUGGUUCUCCACCAUUUCGCUGCGUCUAAAAGUCUCCUCCCCGCAACCACUAGAACCCGCUCUCUUUCAGUCCGUAUUAUAACUUCUUCCCACGGACCUACUCCUACCUCGUUGGGUACCGAGAGACAGUUUAGAAUACUAUCAUCACGGAUUGAGUACGAUUUUAUCCGGAUGACGACUCCAUCAACAAGAAUUUUGUAAAAGAAAACUGGUCGGAAAUUUCAGAAUAUGUGGACGGGACCUUAAUCAGCAUCCUGGAAGUGGAAAGCACGGAAGCGCUGUGUCCCACACCACAGACAGGUGCAGUGUGUAGCCGGAGCAGCACAGAGGGAGGAAGCUCUGGGGAGGAGGAGGUGCAGCAACGCACCCCUCCGACUGUGGAUGUGCUGGGUGACAACCCCCAGGCUGCGCAAAAUGUGGCCGCUGCGCCUCUCCCACCACUGGAUAACACGACCACGUCACAUCCUGAAAGACACGGACGCGUCAGUGAAAAUAACACACCCACAGAGACUCACCCCAACGACAACACUAAGGACAGCCUUGAAAGAGGGGCAAUGUCAGAUAGUGGUGGUGGAGGAAGAUUGGGCCCGUUGCACCCCAAGGACCCUAGUCUCUCUACAAAGUCCCAUUCAGACAGGCUCUCUGACACACAGACAGACGGAACAAGCCAAUAUUCGCAUUAUGUGUCACAAACUGAUAACAGCAGCCACACAGACAGACAAACGAGUGCUGCUGGACCAGGCCAGGCUUUGCAUCAGAGAGUUGCAGGUGGACUGGUGGUCAUCAGUGGGACAGAAAAGGGCCAGCCUCUCCCAGAGAAAUUGGAAUGUAAACAAGAGACUGGAAUCGAGGAACUUGGCAGAGAACACCCAGCUAGAAACCUUCCCUCUAAAUCCUGCUCAACAGUGUCCCCACUUCCCCUCAGCCCAAAUAAAGAUACAGUCCCAGACCACAACGAAGACCGAGGGAUGGAGCAGUCUCAAACAACCCUGUCGACUCAGGCAAAUCAGGCCAGCCACAUACCUCUGUCUGAAGUCAAAGAGCAAGCAGGCAUUCUGCAAAAUUCUGAGCAGCCUAUCCCCCCAGUGCUCAUCACUGACAACAGUAAGAAGAAACAAACAGACCUCUCCACAGAACCUAAAAUCACGCAGAACUCGAAUUACGGACAAGAAGAGAUACAGGGAGCUAAUGCGGUGGAUCAGGGACCACAAGAAUCUGAGAGAUCUACAGAACCGUCUGAGAGUAGACACGUCACACUUGGUAGUUCACAAACGCUACUCCCAGACCCACCAACUGACAUAUCCGGGACCCCACAGUCAAGAGAAACAUACUCUGGUCUUGUCCCCUACACGCCACCUGGCAGUGGUAAUUCCACCCCAGACUACACAACUGACAGACAGGAGAGUGAGAGCGAUAUCCAGACAAAUCCCCCUCUCCCAACAGAAGAACGGAUUGAGACUAACAGGGCAAAGGAGACUGAAAUGGCGAAGCACUCACCCAACUUUACAAUCCAGUCACAAAGCUCUUUUCUAAAGGAGACAACAGCAGCAGCCCCUCUUAUCCACCACCUCCCCAGUACAGAAAUAGACUUAAUGCAGACAGAACAAUUUAUUGAAGUUCAGAUGUCUAAUCCUGACCACAAAACCAGGAUGGAGACUCCACUGGUCUCUGAGCUCGUGCUGUCAGCUGAUGCUCAAGGAGCUGUGUUUCAUGGAGGAGAGACCAGCCUGGAGUUGCCUGAGGAGGUGCAGGUGGAUCAGUGUGUCCUCCAGGAAGAACAUCUUGUCAGUGGUGAUACUGCUGUUAUUGAAUUAACCUCUGAAUAUUCUGACAGAGAACCAAAGUCGUUUAUGGAAGGGACCCAUUUGGAUAUCGAAAUGGACCCACUGGCUGCAGGAGAAUUUGAGAUUUAUAGCUUUGUGGAGGAGGAGAUUGCGAUAGAAGUUGUUGGAGAGAGACCGUCCCUCUCCCCAAGCUACGAAGUAAACUUAUUCACCCCACUCAUGGAACACUCUGAGAAUUGUACAGCCAGUGAGGAACGAGAAAUAUGCCUGCUAUCUCACCCUCAAGCGAGUAAUGACAAUGAUCAAGUCAUUAUCCAGCAUCGAAAUGACUUUACCCCUAGUUUCUCCACACAAGAUGUAGAGAUGACUGAUGAAGGGCAGAAUUUUGAGCCCGAAAACACAACUACUGAAAUUGACAAUACUGUGUUGGAAGAUUCAAGUGAGGUUUGUGUAGUCCAAACUGUCCCAGUAUCAGAUACUCCAGAUGGACAGACGGACACCUUUACACAAGCUGCAUUACCUUGUCUGGAGACCAGCACAGCUGUCUCAGACAAUAGAGGGGUGAGCAUUUCCCCAGCCACAUGUCUGAGUGACACACAAACGCUGCCAGGGGAAACGGAAGUGAGAGCAAUGGCCAGUACAUCUUCUCUUGUCUCCCCAAUGGAUGAAUUAACAGAGGGGGUUGUUGUACAGUCAAACAGUCAACACAGUAUUGAGGUCCUCUCGUCCCCAAUUACCAUACACUUGCCAGAGGGUAGAAAGCAGAAUUGUCCUCUAAAAAAGGUACCGGUAGCCACCUUACAGGACCUGGAUUCUGUAGUAUUUUGUGUUUCUUCUCAUGAAGGGACCAAAUAUCCACAGCCCUGUCCAACACUGACAGAAACCCCAGUGGAGACCCAGCAGGAUGUUUAUCAUACCGUUAAUGUGACAGCAACCGAGGCCAACCCAGAGGCUUCCCGGUCCACACUCUCUUCUGGCAUCAUCGACCCAAAACUCCUCCUACUAAAGCGUGGGGACACCCCUCUCCUCAAACAUCCUCCCUCCUUAUUGUUGGGGGUAUCUAGGCAGCAGAGCAGCAGCCUGAUGCAGGCUAGCACUAGCAGCUUCAGCUGUGGCUCAGACACAGCACCUGUAUUAGAGUGCCUUCCAAAAGCUGUGUCAGUCGCUGUGCCUAUGCCUGUAAGCAGUCAUAGAGACCAGACAGAGUCCUCUGUCAAGAGAGAACCCACAGCAGCACCUCCUGCUAUUCCCGCUACAAACACCCCAACCCAGUCCCGUAUGACCCCUCCAUCUACUCCCACACCAUGCAAAUCUGACAAAGAGGCCUUAACUCCAAUCAAAACAUCCACAGGCAAAGCAGUGACUAUGUCUCAAACCCUAAACCCUCCGAAUAUCAUCAAUGCGUCUUCCAAGCCCCUCUCUGCCCCCAAGUUGCCCUCAACAUCAGGCAAUGUGACGAGGAGUAAACUCUCCAGUUCCUCCAGUGAUGGGAGCCAGUCCGGACCACCGCCUGUCAUCCGGCCACGGCUAGCCGGUGUGAAGGGCCCAGGGCUCAGCAGCCCCACAGAGGAGAGCAGUGAUGAGGAGGCUGACCUGGCAGUGGAGGCCCAGGCUAGCCGCAGGAGCAUGGUCAACCCCAGCCCAGCAGUGAGCAAGGUACGCCAGUGGAUAGCAGACAGGGUCACGCAAAGUUUGUCACCCGCCUCCUCAUCCACUUCAUCCCCCUCUCCCGGCCUAUCAUCCUUCAUUGACUGGACUCCCAGCACUACUCCCCUCAUUCUCCGAGGUGCCCAGGGCAGGUUCCUCUCUCCGCCCUCUAUUGGCCCAGGAGGCUCCUCCCCAUCGGACCCUGUCACUCCCCAUCGACCCCGCAUGGAGCGUCACGCAGACAUGGCUGAACUAGCCAAACACGAGGCGGAGAUAGAGGGCAGGACCGUAGCGUUGAAGAGGGAAGGCUUUUGGUCUAUGAAGCGACUGACCCGCCUGACGGAGCCGGUCCGGCCCAAGGUUCACUGGGACUACCUGUGUGAGGAGAUGCAGUGGCUCUCGGCCGACUUUGCCCAGGAGAGGAGGUGGAAGAGAGGGGUCGCCAGGAAGGUGGUGCGGAUGGUGAUGCGACAUCACGAGGAGCUGCGGCAGAAGGAGGAGAAGGCCAAGAGGGAUGAGCACGCCAAAAUCAGACGAGUCGCCUCCAACAUAGCCAAGGAGGUCCGGGCCUUCUGGAGCAGUGUUGAGAAGGUGGUGCAGUACAAGCAGCAGUCCCGGUUAGAGGAGAAGAGGAAGAAGGCUCUGGACCUCCAGCUGGACUUCAUCGUGGGCCAGACAGAGAAAUACUCUGACCUCCUCAGUCAGGCCCUGGAAACGGCACCGGCUGGGAACAGUGAACCUGCACCCUCACCACCCAAAAAAUCUCUUCCACUUGUUGUGGAUGAAGAUGACAGAGACUUUGAGCCUCCGUGUGGUGGUGAGGAGGAGGAGGAUGAUGAGGAGACCAUCGAAGUGGAGGAGGAACAGGAUGGCAAUGACCCUGAGACCCAGAGGAGGGAGAUUGAGCUGCUAAGACAGGAGGGGACCAUGUCCCUGGCAGAGCUGCUCAGCACCCUCAAACGGCCCCUUUCACAGGAAUCGGAAGAAGAGUGCUCAGACAAUUCGUCCACAACAGUGGACGAAGACGCAGAGUUCACAGCCAACGAAGAGGAUGCUGAAGAUGAGGAGGACACCAUCGCAGCCCAAGAGGUGGUGGAGGGGGAAGCAGAUCACGCGGGCGAGCUGGAUGACUUGGCCAAAGAAGGUGACAUGACUGUGGAGGAGCUGCUGGAGAAGUACAAAGGAGCGUAUGCCUCUGAUUUCGAGGAGCCCUCGGCAUCCGCCUCUCCUGCCAGCUCCGAUGAGUCUGAAAAUUCUGUAGACGAGCAAGAGGAGAGCGAGGAAGACAAAAGUGACGUGGAAAGCAACAUCACCACCUCAGAUAAUGAGGACAGUGGUGAGGAAGAGGUCAUUGACAAUGAUGAAGAGGACAGUGAUGAAGAUGAGUGCGACGAGGGGAUGGAAAUCCUGCUGAAGGAGGGUGACCACAGUCCCCCUCUCCCAACCGGCCCGCGGCCCAAGAAGGAGAUCAGCCACAUUGCUGCUACUGCAGAGAGCCUGCAACCCAAAGGCUACACCCUAGCCACAACCAAGGUUAAGACUCCCAUUCCGUUCUUGCUGGUGGGCCAGCUGCGUGAGUACCAGCACAUCGGCCUGGACUGGCUGGUCACUAUGUACGAGAAGAAGCUCAACGGCAUCCUGGCUGACGAGAUGGGCCUGGGGAAGACCAUCCAGACGAUCGCCUUGCUAGCUCACCUCGCCUGUGAGAAGGGUAACUGGGGGCCCCAUCUUAUUAUCGUGCCAACCAGUGUGAUGCUGAAUUGGGAGAUGGAGCUGAAGCGCUGGUGUCCUGGAUUCAAAAUCCUCACUUAUUACGGCAGUCAGAAGGAGAGGAAACUCAAGAGACAGGGUUGGACCAAGCCCAACGCCUUCCAUGUGUGCAUCACCUCCUACAAGCUGGUGCUGCAGGACCACCAGGCCUUCCGUCGCAAGUCCUGGCGCUACCUCAUCCUGGAUGAGGCCCAGAACAUCAAGAACUUCAAGUCCCAGCGCUGGCAGAGCCUGCUCAAUUUCAACAGUCAGAGGCGCCUGCUCUUGACGGGAACCCCGCUGCAGAACAGCCUGAUGGAGCUGUGGUCCCUGAUGCACUUCCUCAUGCCCCACGUCUUCCAGUCUCACCGGGAGUUUAAGGAGUGGUUCUCCAACCCACUCACCGGCAUGAUUGAGGGCAGCCAGGAGUACAAUGAGGGCCUGGUCAAGAGGUUACAUAAGGUGCUCAGGCCGUUUCUGUUGAGGAGACUCAAGGUGGAUGUGGAGAAGCAGAUGCCUAAAAAAUAUGAGCAUGUGGUGCGCUGCCGUCUGUCCAAGAGACAGCGCUUCCUCUACGAUGACUUCAUGGCACAGGCCUCCACCCGGGAAACGUUGGCCAGCGGUCACUUCAUGUCUGUGAUCAACAUCUUGAUGCAGCUCCGUAAAGUGUGUAACCACCCCAACCUGUUUGACCCGCGGCCCAUCCACUCCCCCUUCAUCACCAAGCCCAUCGUCUUCCACACGGCCUCCCUGGUACAGAGAGCCCUGGAGAUCUCCCCAUUCAAGCGUGGUGACCUGUCUUUGUUUGACCUGGUGGGUCUAGAGGGCAGCGUGUCCAGGUACAAGGCCGACGUGUUUCUGCCCCGACGGAAGGUCAGCCGCCAGCUGAUCCAGGAGGUCAUGGAGUCCCCCGACCCUCCUCCCCGCCCCAAACCUGUCCGUAUGAAGGUCAACAGGAUGUUCCAGCCCUUACCUAAGGCUGAUGGUUGCACAGUGCUGGUGGUGAACAACCCUCGGCUCACCUGCCCGGUCACCCCUGCUGCUCAGGCCCCAAGGCCCCGUCUCAUCCAGGAUGUGACCCCAACCCUCACCCCUUCACCUCUAGUCCAACAAGCGGUGUAUUCAGUGGCACCCACUGCCCCUUCACGCCCGCCUGUGCACCCCAGCGGCCCCUGUGCGGUGGGAACUGUUGUGAGGUCUGGCUCCCCAAUGCCAGUCUUGGCUGUGCGCUCGCCCACCGCCUCCUGCAACCCCGCCACCCAUUCCACCCCUACUUCCAGCAACGUCAUGACACAACGGGUUCUGCUCAGCCCAGACAUGCAGGCCCGACUUCCCUCUGGGGAGGUAGUGAGUAUCGCCCACCUGGCCUCGUUGGCUGGGCGUCCUGUGUCGUCGUGCCAGGGCAGUAAGCCUGUUACCUUCCAGCUGCAGGGCAACAAGCUCACCCUGUCUGGAACCCAGCUCCACCAGGUCCCUGUGGCCCCUCCACGCCCAGUACAAGUGGGCUCCGCAGGUAACUUCAUGCAUCUGGUGACCAGCGGAGGGCAGCACCACCUCAUCAGCCAGCCAGCCCAGGUAGCAGUGUUCAGUUCAGCCAACACCCAUGCUGCCACCCCCUCUCCCGCACCCUCGGAAAUCCAGCUGCCUCUCAACGCUUCUCAAGUGCCCUCCUCCAUGGUGACCAGCUCUGGGAUCGUGAAGAUCGUGGUACGCCAGUCAAGUAAGGAAGGAGGAGGUGUACCCACCCUGGCAGUGCCCCCUUCUCCACGCGUAGCCCCCCAGGCAUCACCCUCCAUACACCACCAUGCCAAUACCAACAUUGCUCUGAGAUCCCCCCCUGCACAUUGCCACCCCGGACCCGCCACUGCUCAAUACACCCUGGCCCCCCCUAGAACCCCUACGUCGGUCACAAUUAGAACCUCUACCCCAGCCCCUCCUCGUAUCCCUGCCCCUCGAAUCCCUAUCCCAGCCCCUCCUCGAACCCCUACUCCUGCCCCCCUUCAGAACCCUACCCCAGCCCCUUCUCGAAUCCCUAUCCCAGCCCCUCCUCGAACCCCUACUCCUGCCCCCCUUCAGAACCCUACCCCAGCCCCCAGUCAGCCUGAGCCCCCUUGCCCAGUGCUGAAGGUAGUAAAGGGGCCAGCAGAAACCAGCACAGAACAGAAAGAUCGUCCGAAUUCUUUGUCAACACGUGAGGAGAGCAGCGACACUAAAUCAGCCGUUCCUAAAUCAGGGUCCCAUGUUGGUGGAUUUGUCCCCCCUCGACCUCGGGCACAACCUCGCCCACAUCCUCGCUCCCCCUUCUACAUGUCAUGGCUGGCAGACAGCCGCAAGAAGCAGCGAGACAGCCGCCUGGCCCAAAUCAUCCGGAUCAAUGACCUGCACUGCAGCGCCAAGCCCGUGUACGGCCAUGAGGUGCUGGACUUCCUCACCUUCCUCCCGGGCUCCUGCCCUGCUCCGGCCCCCAGGGCCCUGGGUCAGUGGGGCCGCUCGGGCCACACCGCCUGCUUGUUUGCCCAGUCCCACAGCACCGUGGACUACUGGGACCAAAGCCGCGCCCUGAGGGAGGCCAUCCACACCACUGAGGACAGGCUGCAGCUGCUCAAAGAUGUGAUAGAAAGGUUUACGUUUGUGAUCCCACCGGUGGAGGCUCCAACCAUCACCAUGCACAGCUGCCACCCCCCUCCAUCUCUGAGCCACAAGCAGGCCAUGUUCACCUCGCUGCUCUCCUCCCAGGUAGCCCCGCUCACACGAAGUCUGCACCGCAUCCAGUGCAACAUGAGGACCCACUUCCCUGACCUGAGGCUGAUCCAGUACGACUGCGGUAAACUGCAGACGCUCCACACUCUGCUGCGACGGCUGAAGGAGGGCCAACACCGCGUGCUCAUUUUCACCCAGAUGACCCGCAUGCUGGACGUGCUGGAGCAGUUCCUUGGCUACCAUGGGCACAUCUACCUUCGCCUGGACGGCAGCACCCGUGUCGAGCAGAGACAGUCCCUGAUGGAUCGCUUCAACGCUGAUCGCCGCAUCUUCUGCUUCAUCCUGUCCACGCGUAGCGGCGGCGUGGGGGUGAACCUCACGGGCGCCGACACUGUGGUGUUCUACGACAGUGACUGGAACCCCACCAUGGACGCCCAGGCCCAGGACCGCUGCCACCGCAUCGGACAGACCCGCGACGUCCACAUCUACAGGCUGAUCAGUGAGCGCACGGUGGAGGAGAACAUCCUGAAGAAGGCCAACCAGAAGAGGAUGCUGGGAGACAUGGCGAUCGAAGGAGGCAACUUCACCACUGCUUUCUUCAGACAGCAAACCAUCAGGGAACUAUUUGAUGUGACGGAGGGGGAGAAGAAGGAGAUGAUCGUGGAGCUCUCUGUGCCCCAGCCUGAGGAAGAGGAGACUGUCAACAAACAGAGCACCACCAUCCUGGAGCAGGCCCUGUGUCGUGCCGAGGAUGAGGAGGACAUAGUGGCCGCCUCCCAAGCCAAAGCAGAGCAGGUAGCUGAACUGGCAGAGUUCAACGAGGCCAUCCCAUUGGACGAGGCUGGUGAAGGGAGGGACCCAGAAGAAGAGGAGCUCUCCAAGGCCGAGCAGGAGAUAGCGGCUCUUGUGGAGCAGCUAACUCCUAUAGAACGCUAUGCUAUGAACUUCCUAGAGGAUUCACUGGAGGAUGUGUGCAAGGAGGAAUUAAAGCAAGCCGAGGAGCAGGUGGAGGCUGCCAGGAAGGGGCUGGACCAGGCAAAGGAGGAGGGCCUGAAGCUGCAAGCAGGCUCCUCAGACAACGACGACGAGGACUUCUCAUCACAGCCAGUAGAGGAGCCCUCCACUCCCGGGUCGGGCCGCCGCCCACGCAAACACAAAGAGAAAGGCGCCCCCUCCACCAGGACCAGCGGCAGGCUCCGAGGGACCACGGCCUCCCCAGAGCCCGACACCCCAACCCCCACCCCUAGAGAAGUGCCUGAAAGACUCCGCUCUGUUUUGAGAGGACGAGGGGGGACCAAAGACACCACCACCCCGGCUCACACAGAGCACCCAAGGGUCCACACCACCUCAUCAAGGCUCCAGGAAUCUGCCAAAGCUGCAGCGACAACCACGGCCUCUCCUCGAGACUCCAGUCUCAUAUCCGGGGCGGCAGCGCCACUUCUCCGGACCCAGUCCCACUCCAGUUCAGUGCCUUCCACUGCCACCAGUCCUCCAGCUGGGAAACCACUGACACAACCAGGGGACUCGGACACUGAGUCACCCAGGAGGGAGCAGGGAGAGUGUGUCUCCUCGGAUUCCAUGUGUCCGGUGGACCACCAGUCAUACUCUGCCCAGGCCAGGGAUUAUGACAGCAGGGACCAGAAGUCCCUGUCUCCCCCCUUGGUGUGCUCUCUCUCCCGGUCGCCACGCAAGCGCCAGUCAGCCGACGGGGAGGUCCUGCUAGGCCUCCCGGAACAUUCCCCGUCGGCCAAGGUCCUGCGGAAGCUCCCUGGUCGCCUGGUGACAGUGGUGGAGGACAAGGAGCCCAGGAAGAGGAGGAGAGGCAGCGGAACGGGAGGAGGCUCAUCAGAGGAGCUGGAGCACGCAGAGUCGGGCCGAGGCUCAGACGUGCCAAGCGGAGACGCUACAUCCCAGGCCCCUGACAAAACCAACCAAUCCCCCAAAGAGAAAGAUAAAGGGACGGCCUCAAAAUACUCCUCAAAGAUCACCAACCUCCCAGAGGACCUUUUAAGACACACCCAUCCUGCCAGAAACUACCCUCCUUACUCCCCACCCCACCACUCCCCUGACAUGCCGGUGCUGAGGAACCUGCCGGUGCGGCGGCGGCUUGAGAGUGAGUCUCGCGUGGCAGCCCAGUUAGGAGAGCAGGGUCUGGGCCGAGGGAGAGGAGGGAACUACCACAGGAAAAUGGACACUCAGCCAGGAAAUGAAGGCACCGCGUCCUCGGGCACUAAUGUUGCUAACUCGACCCCGCCGUUGAAACGAAAGAGGGGCCGACCCCCCAAGACUCCCCUCAGGGUGGUGGAACCCCAGCCAGAGCAUCUAUCCCCUCCCCACCCUAACUUACCAAGUGAGGAGAGGAGCCCCCCCUUCUCCGCAAAACGCAAGAGAGGUCGUCCCCGCAAAAACUUUGGGUGCAAAAAUGCAGUGGGUGCAGGAAAGAACUCAAACGCCCCCACUGCCAGCACCACCAGCCAAGCUAGUUUCCUGUCUGACACUGCUGCUGCAGACACAGAGCCACUAGCCCAGUCUGCCCCCACUAAGCCUCAAACUGUGGCCACCUCUGCUGUCUGCACCAGCCAAGCCUCUCCGUCUACCAAAGCUGAGGAGUCCACCGCAACAUUAAAAGCAGACACUAAGACUGAGUUCCCUACCACAACCCCAGCUCAAGUCCUUACCGUAACUGCUAUUCCUGCGCCAAGCCGAACUCAAGUUCCCACCUCAAUUCCAAUCUCUGUCGCCACCUCAAACUCAACCUCUGUUCCUGCCUCAAGCUCACCCACAGUUUCCACCCCAAGCUCACACACAGUAUCCACAUCGAGGAUGACCUUUGGUCAUGCCUCAAGGUCAACCUCUGGUCCCAUCCGAAUUCCAACCGCAGUCCUCACUUCAACACUGGCCCAAUUCCUCACUUCAAGACCUAGAGUCACCACUUCACCGCCAGUCUCCACUUCUCCAUCAAUCUCCACAACAACUGCCACACAAAUCUUCACCCCUACCCCCAACACUCCUCCCCUUGCCCAAAUCACUAUCCCUACUCCAGCUCUAGCCCAAAUCCCCAAAAUUGCCACAUCAGCCUCUACUCCAACCAGCACCCCCACACCAACAUUCACACAUGUGAAACCAACCCUUACUCCGGUCCCUACCACAGUUGUCACAACUAAUCUACCAACACUUAGUAAACCCACCACAACCUCAAUCGCAAAUCUAACCACAAUUUCCACACCAGCCCCACCCAGAAUUGUCACCACUGUUACCACUGCCGCCGCAGCAGCAGCUCCUGCCACAGCCUCCAUACCAACUUCUACCAAAAUCACCACCACAACCCCCAUACCAGGCCCUACGCCAACCAUCACGUCAACUGCUACACCAGACCCUACCACAACGGUCAGAAUUGUCACCACCAUUACAGCAGCUCCUGCCACAACCUCCAUAACAACUUCUACCAAAAUCACCCCCACAUUAACCAUCACAUCAACUGCUACACCAGAUCCUACCACAACCGUCAAACCAACCCACACACCAGUCCCUACCACGAUCACCACAACCUCUGUUCCAAUUCCCAACACCAUCCCCACAGCAACCACAACCAGAACUGUCACCACUGUUACUGCAGCCACUACCACAACACCAAACCCCACCCCUUCCCAAGUACCCAUCACCACCAAAAUCCACACCCAGAUAUCCACUCCAAGUUCAACACAAGUACCCCCCCGAGCCCAAAUUCCUGUUACGUCCAGCAUCUCCACUGCUGUGGCUGUCACCGAGAACCAGGCUUUGGAGCCUGCUCCAGUGGAGACUGCCCAUAACAGAGACUCCGAGAAGAUAACAGACAUGGAGGUAGAAGAGGAGAUUAGUGACUCUCAACCGAAAAAGAGAAAAGUGGAGAAUUCUGAAGCCAAAGACACUGUCCCAGAGGCCCCAGUGGCUCCUCGGCCAGAAGAAACCAGCAAGAAGAGGCCUCUCAGUCGCCAGAGCAGUCAAGAGUCUGUGCGCUCCUCCUCUCCUUCCUCAGUGUGUUCCACAUCCACUCCCACACGGUCAGCCCAACACAAGAAGGGUGCAGAGAAGAGGGCACCUGCCAAGAAGAUGCGAGGGGAGGUUUCCUCUGACCCAGAGAAGGGGGAGGGAAAGGCAGAGAAAGAUUUCACCAAUGCUACUCAGAGGAAGCAGUCCAGGUCCUCCUCUUCAGACUCUGACACCUCUGAAACCAGGAAGGAGCGCCUCCUCACCCGCUCAGCCCAGAGCCGGCAGGAGACCGAGGGGGAUGGAAGACCCGCCAGGAGCUCUGAACGUGUGGGCAGGAAUGUGUCCAACAACACAGGUACUGAUGAGUCUGGCAGCCAGACAUCCUCUGUGAGAGUCACUCGGAAAUCUUCUGUUCCUCAGCCCACCCCAGAGAGAAAACCCCAGUCCAACAGUGUGCCCUCUAUCCAGCCAGAGGUCCUAGGGAAGAGGUGUUCAGCCCUGAACGCUGCAGCCAAACUCCUUGCCAUGCGAGGCAGGAUCGACACCCCUGGCAGCAGGAAAGACCCUGCGGCUAAGACCAGUGGGCAGAAUGCCACUUCUCCUGCUUCCUCUGACAAGAACCAGAAGUCCAAAUCUAAAAGUGCACCUGCCACUCCGCCAACCAACUGCAACAACAAAGUAGGAAGCAGCAAGACAACCCCAACCCAGUCAAGCCGCACCGCUGCACGUUCCACCCGCCAGUGCCCUGGUCCCCUCGUCCCGGCCUUGGAGACGAACAGCAAGAGGGGGAGCAAAAAGGAGGAGAAGGAAAAGAAGAAGCCUUCCGAGGGAAAGGAGGAGGGUGAGCGGGAGACGCGCUCGUCCAGGGGCCACAGUGCAUGCAGCAGCAUGAGUAGCGAUGGUGGUGGAGGCAGCAGCAGGAGCCAGAGCAGCAGCAGUAGCCUCAGCUCCCAGAGCACCGGGCCCAGGCCCAACCACUCACGAGCACCCUCCUCCGGCAGUGAACGUGAACGCAGCACCGAGAGGGGCAGGAGGCGCAGCCACAGGAAGGAAGGAGAGGGCCGUGGGAGGGAGACCCGGAAGGAAAGAAAGGAGAGGCACGCCCAGAAGCGGGAGAGGCUUUCCCAGGAAGGGAACGCCGGAUCGGGAGAGGGCACCCCGGACAGGGUGCUGCGCAGCGUGGCGGCUAUGGCAGCGGCUCAGGCCCGCACACCAGCCGCUAACACCCGCUCCUCCUCAGCCCAACACAACAAGACAUGAUGGGAGGACUAGAGAUGAGGAGUGAGGGAUUCUGACUGGAAAAAUAGAGGGGUAGGUUGUAACAGAGGAGAUAUGACCUCUAAAGUUGCUGCUUUGUCUACACUGACAGACCAGAGCAGAACAAUGAGUGUUGUGCAGGUCAGUGACCUCUCUCCCUCUUGGGCCCCUCCCCCCCCCCAACCCACAUUAAAGCUGGUCUCCUCUCCAGUUCAGCCAUCAUCAACUGGGGGAAAGGCUCAGGGAUGCCAGACUGUGUGCAAAGAGAAAGGUGGCACCAUGGUAGUGCCAUUCCAGAGGUGAGGUGUUGCUAGUCCUGAAGGUGUCACUUCAUGCAGACAGUGACUUGAUUGCGGGGACUUUGUUGCGAGUGAGUAAAUUGUUAGUUCACACUAUGUACUGUAAAACAUUUAAAAAGACUGGAAUACUAAGAGAUGUAUAUGUGUCCGAGAGAGGUUUAAAUUGUGCCCUAUGUACAGAGUUUAUUCGCUGCCAGGGUUAUUGAUUGAAAAUAAGCUUGUGAGUGACAGUUGUAUCGUAAGAUGAAGGUUUUAGACAGUUGGGUUCUGGACAUAUUGUCAACUGUUCUGUUUCCAGUCAGUUGAUAAGUGAUGGAUAUUUUAUGGUUUCUUCCAGGGAAAUGGGAAGAGAGCAGAUCUGUAAAUGUGAUCUUUGCUGCACUAUGCUGGAGUUGGUCUUUGCUUGGGCCUCCCUAUCUUGUGAUUUUCUGCCCACAUUUUUAAAUCCAGCCUGCAUUUUUUUUAUUCGCACAUCAGACAUGUUGUCCUCAGCAUAAUUUGAGUGCAUCGUUGUGUAGUAUUUUUAUUACAUCAAUUUCAAUCAAAAUACUAUUAUGUUCCUGGUACCUCACACAAUGCAUCUUUCAAGCUCUAAAUAUGUAUGUCUUUCUUGGGCUUCUGCAUCUUGAAGAUAGUACUUAUUUUGCUUACUGGCAAUGCAGAAACAGGAGCAGAACUUUGAUUUAAUUCUCCUCACCUUUCCAAAGUCAGUCAGACAUUAUGGUCAACGUCAUGAAGUUGAUCUAAAAGGGGAUUGAAUCCUUGUGAAUAAAAUGAGUGCCUAUUAGGCCGAGCAGGUGGACGGAGAUCCCAGUUUGCCUUGUCAAGUACCUGACGUUGGGGUGUCGUCAUUAGUACAAAAAAAUAUUUAAAAAAUCCACCUUCUGUAAAUCACAAGUAAAGCACCCUAUGCAUCAGUGCUAUCAAAUUCUAUAUCAUUUUUUACUAUUGUCAUUUCUUCAUUGCACCUCUUUCAUGUAAGUACUUGGACAAAACAUGUGAAUAAAACACUGGUACAGUUCCAGGUGGCUCUAUAUAUUGUCAAUUUACUUUGAGGACUUGCAUUUGGAAAAGCUAUUUUUGGGCAGGGUGCUGUUUUGAGUGAAUGGGUGGGUGGAAUAUGGUAAUGGUCUUAUUUUGUUAUCUUGAUGUCUUUCAUUUGUUACAUUCCUCUGUUCCCUUGUAAUUCCACGUCGUUUUACUUGAAAGAUUAAUAGACAAUGAGUUGAAUAAAAAGACCAAAAAUGUA